AUGCCGGAUAACGACGAACCUUACUCUUUGAGAAAGCACGGACGAGCACUUUUCCCAGAAGGGUUACCACCAACCACUAGAAAAAAAUUUCAAUUCACUGAUCCACGCGACGCGAAUGCAACCGUAGAUUCAGGGGUCGGGAAAUCUUUAAUACACCCGGAAUAUACUUCGGACGAAGAUUCAGAGGGAGAACCAACUGUUAAAAACUCAAAUAAUUCGGAUUUAGAUAACCUUAGCGCUAAUACUCUUAUCGAAAAUAGUGGAAAUAAUUCGGUCAACCUUAGUGCUAAUAAUCAUAUCGAUAAUAGUGGAAAUAAUUCGGUCAACCUUAGUGCUAUUAAUCUUAUCGAUAAUAGUGGAAGUAAUUCGGUCAACCUUAGUGCUAAUACUCUUAACGAUAAUAGUGAAAAUAAUUCGGUUAUUGAACAAGAUAAAGUCGAAGCAGAAAAAGACGCUUUUAAAAAUAAUACAGACACGUCCGUUUCGGAAUGUUUUGUACAAAACUUGCGGAAUGAGAUUGACCAACGUAUGCAUGUGUGCGAUAAUUCGGAGGAAGCGUUACAGAAUGCUAUUAAUAUCGAGAGGAAAUUGAACGCACGAAAAGAAUUACGCCGCGCACCCAAAGAAAAGAAAUCUAACGAAGAAAAGAAAAAGAGCGAUGAAAAAAUCAAAAAUUUUUCUAAGAGUGUUAACUUUACAACAGGAUCCCAGAAUAAGUCCAAUAAACCCUCCACAUCGCAAAACAAUAACAAGAACAAAAAUAAUAACUACCAGAAUUUUAAUAAAUGCUCAACAAAAUUCUUUUCCAAAGAAAGCGGGAAAAAACAACCGACCGAUACACGUUGUCAAAACAUCGGGAGCAUCGAGCGGAGACGAUUCCGAGUAAUGAAAGUAAAAUUAAAUUUAGAUUUGGAUAAUUUACCCUACGCUGUAGUUGGUAAGUCAUCCAAAACCGGUGACGUGAUUAUGAUGCUGGAUUCGGGUGCGUCACCAAAUUUAAUUAAAGCUAAGUAUUUAUCGGAUAAUACAAAAAUUGAUCUAAAUAGUAUAAUAGAAUUGCAUGGGAUAUCAAACGUCCCGGUCUUUACUUUGGGUAGUGUGACAAUUAAACUUUUUGAUAAAGACGCUGUAUGUCACGUGGUUUCAAACGACAUGACUAUUCCGCACGCUGGUUUGGUCGGAUCAGACUUUUUUGCAAAGCACGGUGCGAAAAUAGACUACAAGAAUAGAGUUUUAGAAACUUCUCUGCAGGAAAAAAAACCUACAGUGGGAACACCGAAGACUCCCCUGCAGGGAACAGUGGGCGCUCCAACCAAGAAGAGGGGAAGACCGCCUAAACAUCGAGAGAAACCUGAUGAAAAACGGAUUGACCCGAGCGAGGUAAUGCCUUCAUUAGAUCUUGAUGUUAAUGUAGAAUCCGACGCGACUUCUGAUGAUGAAUCGAGUUCCACCGACUCGGACAGUUCGAUCGAAACCACCAACGAAUUAAAAAGAGAAGAAGGCAACAAAGCAACCAACAUUAUAGCAACGAAGGAUCUAUUUCAGUACCGACAUGAUAACAUGGUAUAUUUUUUAAAUGGAGAUGGGCAACCUUGCGAUGAGGGUGCUCGAUCGUUGAAAUCAAUUGAUAAACUUCUUAAUGUUGGGUUCAUAGACACCGGUCAAGUGUGUUGGACCAAGAAAGGAAAUACGAAUCAUUUUGGAUUGGUGAUUCGCGGAACAAGCGGAGAAUCAAUUAUACGUGUCAGAAGCAACAUCGCCAAAUGUCUAGUAAAGCUCAAAGGAAUAUUGAAGGACAAAGGAAUAACAAAUUUCUUAAUAGCGUUUUCAGAAUUCAUCGAAAAUGUCGCGCAUGACCAUAAGACAUUACGAAUAGGUAACACAUUCAUUGACGGUCUCGAAAUAAAUACCACCACGGUACGUAGUAUCAGUUUGGCAGGCAGUGUUAACUCUAACGCUGACUGUACCAACUCACAGUAUUCUGAUCCCUUCGGUACAUGGGACGAUGUGUUUGUCAUCGGAACGGCUAGAAUCACACUUAGAGUACAAGAAAUUAGAAUUAAAGUUUCAGAAAAUAAGGUUUUGCAACUAGGUUAA